AUGAGCGAAGCCGAAGAACGCGUGUGUGCGGACGCUCGCGCAAAAGGUGUCGAGACGUUUGAAAUUCCGAUCGACAUCAUUUGGAAGCCUUGGAAAUGGACGCACAUGUCGAAGCCGAUUGUGGAGGAAAUGCUUCAGUCGCAAAAUAGACGUGGCUGCUUCAUCCCACUUCAUGACUUACUGAAAACCUACCGGCUGACUGCUGCCCAAUGUGACAGUCUCGAACGUCAAUUCCGCAAACACCUGGCGAUUAUUGACAAGCACUCUCCCAGGGGCGAGAAUUGCUGUGUGGGGUCGUAUGCCCAGGUUUGCGUGACUUUGGACAGAGACGUGAUGCCUUUCCCUGUCUCUGGGAACAAGUUGCGUGUAGCACUCGCUCCGACGUGCAUGAAGGCCUCGUCCAAAGAGGAGGCGCGUGAAAUCACUGACGAGUUCGUCAACAGACUGCGUGCGGACGCAGAUUAUCCAGCAGCUUCCAGGAACAACGUUUUGGCCCUAGCCAUGAACCUCUUUCAUUAA